GUUUUGUUUUUCACGCAGGUUAGGACUGCGCUGGCAGGAGCUAGAGAGGGGAGAUCGGGAGUAAAGGGUCCUGCUUAUCCGGGCCUGGUUUUGUGGCAGUUGGGCUCAGGAGGUGAACACCAGCGUUUACCUGCACGUGUGUGAGGGAUUAACAGAGACUCAUGCCUGGGGGCCUGGUCGCUGUAAUAACUGGAGGAGCCUCGGGCCUUGGCCUGGCUACGGCCAAAAGACUGGUGGGACAAGGGGCCACAGCUGUGCUUCUGGACCUACCUAACUCGGGGGGUGAGGCUCAAGCCAAGAAGUUGGGAGAGAGCUGCGUGUUUGCCCCAGCCAACGUGACCUCUGAGAAGGACGUACAAGCAGCUUUGACUCUAGCGAAAGAAAAGUUUGGUCGCAUAGAUGUGGCUGUCAACUGUGCAGGUAUUGCAGUGGCCAUUAAGACAUACAACCAAAAGAGGAACCAGGUCCAUACCUUGGAGGACUUCCAGCGGGUUCUCAAUGUGAAUCUCUUAGGCACUUUCAAUGUGAUCCGCCUAGUUGCUGGGGAGAUGGGCCAGAAUGAACCAGACCAGGGAGGCCAACGUGGAGUUAUCAUUAAUACUGCCAGUGUGGCUGCCUUUGAAGGCCAGGUUGGACAAGCUGCAUACUCUGCAUCCAAAGGGGGCAUAGUAGGCAUGACACUGCCCAUUGCUCGGGAUCUGGCUCCCAUAGGCAUCCGUGUGAUGACUAUUGCUCCAGGUUUGUUUGCCACCCCACUGCUCACCAGCCUUCCAGAGAAAGUGCGCAACUUCUUGGCCAGUCAGGUGCCCUUUCCCAAUCGACUGGGUGACCCUGAUGAAUACGCUCAGAUGGUACAAACCAUCAUCGAGAACCCAUUCUUGAAUGGAGAGGUCAUCCGAUUGGAUGGGGCCAUUCGAAUGCAGCCUUAAAGGGUGAAGACAGGAAAAAUACUAGCUUCUUUUCAGCGUGAAGGAAACCUAACAGCCAUUUCAUAACUCUGCUCCAGUCACCCUCUGUGCCUAAUAAAUUCUCAAAUUUA